AUGCGGUUGAGGGGUAAGAGGGGUGCGGAGGAAUGGGCGGAAGUAAAAUUGUUUUGUUGUCGUGGACUCCGGAACAGUUGCUUGAUUUUCUCCCUUUAG